AUGUCAGGACAUCACCGCAUCACCCUUGCUGCCAACCCUCCCUACUUCAAUGGCGAUAAAUCCAAGUACCUGGGCUUUGUGGACACGUGCACCACUUACAUCGGUGCCUAUCGAUCGGAGUUCUCGCUGGACAAGACAAAAAUCCUCUUCAUCCUUUCCUACCUCCGUAAUGAGACCGGCACAAGCUGCGCCACCUCGAGAUGGGCAAUGAACGGGAAGCAACACAAUUUCAAGGGCUUCCAAGGAAUGAAGGCGGGAGUCACCGCGACAAGCUUCUUGGAGGAGCUCCAGAGGGCCUUUGGGGAUUCUAACGCAGAACAAGUCGCUGCUGCCCGACUCAUGGCCCUUUGUCAGGGCAGACGGUCCUUCGCGGACUACAUUUCCAACUUCGAAAUGCUGGCUGCAGACGCCGGAUACAAUGUGGUCACCACCACAAAUGACCAGGGCGAAUACAAGAAGGGGGAUCAAGACAAUAUCCUCAUUGAGUUUCUUGAGCGAGGGCUCAGUAGCCAGAUCGUGAGCCGCCUCUUUAACACAGGUGUUCCCCUGCCCAAGGCAUAUGGCGCCUUCAAGAACUGGUGUGUCAACAUCGAGGCCAAUGCCUUGCGCAACCAGCUGCGUAAGGCAUCCUAUGCGCACUCAACUCCGCGGCCUCCCCCCCCAAUUCCGCCCUCAGGCAGCACCAGCGGCGCCCACACCCGCCCCGACCCAGCCGGCUGCCAAUAA